GUAAUUUAAUAUAAACAAACCUCUUCAAAAUUUAUUUUAUUCUAGUUUUAUAUUUAUGUAAAUUUUAACAUAAAUUAAUGCAAUACAGUACCAAAAAAGUUUAACUUUUUUAAUACUGCCAAAACUACUACCACACUUUUUAAUUCGUUAAAUAAUCGUAAAAAACAUUAAUUGUUUAUCAUAGCUUGCGCAUCUGUAACCAAAAGUUAAGAAAAAUAUUGGGUUUUUUUGUAAUGAGUUAUUAUCUGUGAUAAAAAUGUUUGUACUUUUAUUUUACUAUACUUGCUGUAUGAAUAUAAAAAAAAAUUGGCUAGAUAAACCGACAGCAAUGCCGUCGUAUUACGAUUCUAAUUUACAUUUAUAUUUAAAAUAUAACAAUUUAUGUAGUUACAUUCUAGCUUUUUAAAUACGAGCAACAAAACGAACACGUUAUCUAUCCAGUAAUUUUUCUAAUUCUACACGUUUUACACGCAUGCUAAUUUGAAUGUUUUAAAGCGCAUUCCGUUUCACGGAUGAUACGGAUAAUGCAUCAUUUAACAUUGUUGUUUGAACGUUAAACAAGGAUAAAUAAUACGAUAUGUGCAUGAAAUAGAAUACGUCUUUAAACUCUUUAUAUUUAAGUCACGCACAUGCACGUAUAUCUUCAGCACUCAUUUGAAUACUCAUCGACAAAUUGUUAAUUUAAAUUAACGUAAAGAAUUCCAUCCUUCCCGUUCCGUGGCUAUGCCCAGACUGACUGAUGGAGACGAUAGCUGAAGCUAUAGGUUCAUUAAUAAUGCACCGCCAAAAUGUUCAGCAAAAAUGGCAACACUUUUCUCUCUGCGAUAAAUUUUUUUAGCAGUGCAAAAAAUGUCUACAAAUGUGCACUUUCUAUGUGAUAUAUUCAACGAUUUCACUUGCAUUGUCUCUUUAUCAUGUGCUUGAAAAUUUUUUAUCUUAUACGCAAUUGUAACAAUUCAUUUGCAAGCUCUUUAAUAGCAAAAUGAAGAAGAAUAUAAAACCAUAUAAAAAGGUACAGUUGUAUAUGUCGGUAAACUUCAAAUGCUCGUUUCACGAAUUCGCUAUUAUAAUUCAUGUAUUAUACCCUUUCACCAAAUGAAAACUUCAACGAGACGACAAUAGCAAAUGUUCUUUCUGGUUGUUGCAACAUUUAUGACCGCGCGAAGUAUCAUGUCUCAAGAAUUUCGUUAGAAAUAUGAAUUCUAGCAACCUUUAAACAGUGAAGAUAAUAUCAUUGAUGAAACAAGACCAGUAACGGUUUGAUCAAUGAAUCGUUUAAGCGAAUAUAUUGAUUUAGAAUGGGCGAUUGGUCUGCAUCGCUGUAUGUUGAAAAUUGUCGGUUUGUGGCCGCAACAAAGCAGAGAUCAGUAUAAAGAAUUCUUUUCGAAUUUUCGAAUGCUAUUUAAUGCUACAGCAAUGGUGUUCAUAUUAAUUAUACCGGCUUUAGCUCAAUUGAUUAAUGUAUGGGGUGAUAUGAUCCAGAUUAUAGAUAAUUUACAAAUCACCUUGCCAUUUUUAGUAACGGUACUUAAAAUCUUCAUUAUGUGGUUCAAGAAAAGAGAUUUAUUAUUGUUGACUAACAAGAUUAUGAAAGACUGGACGCGAGUGAAAAUGGAGGAAGAGCGAAAUGUCAUGCUAAAAAAGGCUAAGAUCACUCGCUUAAUCUUAAAAGUCGGGGUAUUUGUUACAGCUUUGGCACUGCUCAGCAAACUUAGCUCUGUAUUUUUUAAAGAAUACAUAUGGCAUGUGAACAAUCUUACUAAUCAUGAAAGAUCUUUACCGUUUCCUACAUACAACUGGUACGAUGUAGCCAGCAGCCCGAAAUACGAACUAACAUAUCUGGCACAAACAAUCGGCGCAACUGCUGUCGCUGUUACAUAUGUUGCGGUCGACAACUUUCUUGGACUACUGAUCUUACAUAUAUGUGGUCAGAUGGAGAAUCUGAAUUUGCGAUUACUGCAUUUGGGAAAGGAUCCGGAUUUCAAAGCGGUUUUAAAGUACAACAUUAAAGAUCACAUUCGCUUGAUCAGUUGCAGAUCUGUAGAAAUCAUCGAUGACACAUUCAAUUUAUUGCUGCUUGCCAUAAUAGGUUAUUUUUGCAUACUAUUCAGUCUUUUUGGAUUUCUAAUACUUACUGCUUUUAAUCAAGAUACUCAAUUAUCGAUCGCACAAAUGUCUUGGUACUUUCUCGGGAGUGUAACACUUUUAAUGCACACUUGUCUUUAUUGUGCGGUAGGCGAACAUCUCGUGAAUAAAUGUGAAGAGGUACAUAGCACUACGUAUGAAUGUGUAUGGUAUACUCUAGAGCCAAAAGCAGCAAGAAACUUGGUAGUAAUUAUGGUCUGUGCAAAGAAACCACUCAAUAUCACAGCGGGGAAAAUAUUCCCAAUGACAAUGUCAACAUUCUGCAGCUUAUUAAAAUCGUCGGCGGGUUAUUUAUCUAUGUUACUUGCCGUUCAAAAUUAAUGACGAAAAAAAAAACAGGAUAAAUUGGUACGUCUCUUGUAUAAUGUACGGUAUUAUAAUGUAAAAUUAAAAAUAAAUUGUUUACAUAAAUAG